CGCGCCUUCCCUCCCAAGAUGGCGGCGGCGGGCGGCGUGCCCGUGCGCGUCUGCCACCAGGAGAUCGUCAGGUUCGACCUGGAGAUCAAAGCGGCCGUGCAGGACAUCCGGGACUGCCCGGGGCCGCUCAGCGCCCUCACGGAGCUCAACGCCGUGGUGAAGGAGAAGUUCCGCCACCUCCGCGGCCGCAUCCAGGAGCUGGAACAGAUGGCCAAGGAGCAGGAUAAAGAGUCGGAGAAACAAGCCUUACUGCGAGAAGUAGAAAACCAUAAGAAGCAAAUGCUCAGCAACCAGGCAGCUUGGAGAAAGGCAAACCUGGCUUGUAAAAUUGCCAUCGACAACUCAGAGAAAGAUCAACUGCUGCAGGGAAGAGACUCCUUAAGACAAAGGAAGACUACAAAGGAAAGUCUGGCAGAAAGUGCAAGUAACAUCACGGAGAGUCUGAUGGGCAUUAGCAGAAUGAUGUCACAGCAAGUCCAGCAAAGUGAGGAGACCGUGCAGACCUUAGCCAAUUCCUCACGAACCAUCCUGGAAGCAAAUGAAGAAUUCAAGUCCAUGUCUGGGACAAUUCAGUUGGGGCGAAAGCUGAUCACGAAGUACAACCGCCGGGAACUGACGGACAAGCUGCUGAUCUUUCUCGCCCUUGCCUUGUUCCUGGCCACAGUGCUCUAUAUUUUGAAAAAAAGACUCUUUCCAUUUUUGUAAUAUUCCAAGGCUAAACUGAACUAUUCCAAAGCAAAACCAGAGAGGGAUGGCGGCGUGACGGUAGAGCUUUUCAAUAAAACAAUGAAGGGAUACUGCAAUAGCUGAAAGAGCGUUAGAGCCAGACGUGACUUUAUCCCAUGGAGCACGUGGCAUGCCUGAGAAGAGUCAGGAAGAAGCAGGUAGAUCAAGGUGUGGAAAGAAGAAACCCCAACUGGCCUGUAGAUUCUGGGAAUGAGGUGCUCAAAAGUGCCAAGCUUCUCCACCUUCCUUCAUUUUGCCUGGAAAUUAACUUUUAUCCUCGGCUUGGACUGGAAGCUGCUUUGACAUCUGUGUGUAAGGUGCUGAGAGGCUGAGGAAGGAUGGAGGGGGAGAAACUCACAUACAUUCCACUAAUAAAACUAUUUAUUGUAACCAUGUAAACUCAAGUUUUGUUUGCAAACAAAGUGUAAUGGAUUGAAAGUGCCUGUAUAACUUCCAGUGUAAAAAUUCUGCUUAAUA